AUGCAGCGUCAGCACCACUACCAGCCACAGCAGCCACAUCUGCCCACCACCAACACACCACUCCGCCAGGCUCAACCUCACACUCCGCUUCCCUCGGCCACCAUCCACCACCACUCGGCAGCUCUACCCUCCUCCUCUCCACCGCACAGCCUUGCCCUCGCACUCCCCCUCCCGCAACCAGCCUAUCGCUCUCUCCCUUCAUCCUCCUCCACCUCUCCCCCACUCUCAAAUCCCAAACCAUCAAAUCCUCGUCGCCUCCCCUCGUCUUCCUCCACCGCCUGCUCCCCUCCUCCCCGCCCUCGAAUACGCAAACGCUGGCUCCCAGCUCCCUCACCACCUCCUCCACCCCCACCCGUACCCGCUUCAGCAGCCACAGGCAGCCGCCUGGUCCUUCCCGCACUCUUUGAGACCAGGCAAGGCGCCGAACUUUGGGCCAGGGUGUACAUUGGUGGAGAAGAGCGGGACCUGGCCACUAGGUUGGCCAUUGUGCAUAGGCCCAGGGCGGGGGCAAUUACCAAAGGAGCGACAGAGGAAGAGGCAGCCCAGGUACCACAGACGACUCUCACUAGUAGUGGUGGCAGAGGGAAAGCAAAGGCUUCCGCUCGCAAAAGGGACCCUGAUAAGCCCUGGCUAGUACGAGCAGGGGACAAUAAUCGUCCAGGAGAUCUUGUACUGCAAUGCACCUCGCACAAAUGCACAGGAUGUAAAUGGAAGCUCGUCAUCUCUCAACAUCUCAAGGACGCAGAGGUUGCCAGUCUCUUCCCUACGACCUCGGCCCAAGCAACCGCAACAAUCGCAGCAUCCGCCUCAGCUCCCUCGUCUUCUUCUGGGCCCUCCUCCUCCUCCUCCUCUUCCUCACCCUACUACUACUCCCUCUCCAAUCCCAUUCAAUCUCACUCCCUCUUGUGCAUCCGUGGGCCACUCUAUGCUCAAUUCUUACCAAAGUUCAGAAGCUGGCUGGCCGCACAAGAGACACCAGCUUCUUCGGCAAAAGAGGAAAAGGCCUGGUUGAAGAAUUUUGCGGCAAGGUGGUGUAAAGAGGAGAGGAAAAGGAGAGAGAGGGAGGGCGAGGGUAGAGGGGAGGACAUGGACAUGCACACAGCUGAGCCUCAGGAAGCUCUUGGACAACAAGAAGGAGAUCAACUGGAAGACGAAGACGCAAGCUUUUCGGACUACCAGCUUCCCCUGCAAGAGGAUCAGGAUCACAACGACCAACACGACGAGAAUGACGAUUGCGACUUCUUUGCAGAUUUGGAUGUCGAUGAGCCGCUGCCGAUGGCGAAUGCGAACGGGGGCAGUGACUCCGAUCGUGGACAAGCAGGCCACCUGGCUUCUUCUAGAGCCCUGUCGGAUCACAGGGAAGAAAGCAUCGACGACUUCACCUCUGCCUCUUCGGACCUCACGGGCGCAUCGCACAAGCACUCCACAUCUCCGCAUGCGGCACAGAACCUCGAUGAAGACCUCACGGAGGCCACCCCUACCAGUCUCGGCCUCGGCCGCUCAAGAGCGCGAGACACUUGGUCCGCCGCGGCAACAUCGACCUCUCCUCCCUGCUCUGAUGCUUAUGCUCCUGCGCUGCCUGCUGCCACCACAUCAAGGGCAAGAUCGAUAUCAACAUCGGUAUCAACAUCAUCAUCGACCUCACUCUCUACCUCGAGGUUCACAGGCCCGAUGUCCACUUCUGCAAUUUCUCCAUCAACUUCAAUACGGACAUCCUACUCAUUGUCGUCGUCAACAAGUGCGACUGGGGCAGGCAGAGGCAAAGACCAAAGCACAGCUAGCUGUCCCUCCACCCGACGUCGCUCCCCUACACCGAUUCCCAUUAUCCCUCUUCCUCUUCCUACGUAUCCUGCUCGGACUCUUCCUGCUCCUUCUCCGCCCCCUGGCGAGUCAGAACCACAAACGCUUCGCUUCUGGUGGGCCUCGGAGCCAAGCAAGACUCUCUGCGCCGCUCUUGAGCCACACGUCCCAGGCGUGACUGAGUGGGUGCGGGAAAGAAUGCAAGUGCAGUACCAUUCCCGGAUGCGAGGGAGUGUGCAAGGAGGUGGAGGUCGAGGUGAAAGUACAAGCUCGGAACGGGGAAAGGACAAGGCACUGUUGAGAAGGUGUGAGAGUGCUGGGUGGGCUCAAAGAGGUGAAACGCACAGGAGGGACACUGGAAUUGCUAGAUCAGAUGUGCUCGAUCUGCUUGGACUGGUGCGCACUGUGGAUGAGCUGAUGACACGAUCCCCUUGGGCGUUGCGCUCGGCAGAGGGCACUGAGGCUCUAUGUGAGGGCGAGAGGGUGAGAGAGAGAAGAGAAGCGGCUACUGCUGCUACUGGGACCUCGACGUUCAGCUCUACCUUUUUCACUGGGCCUGCACCCGCAACUUGGACGUCCUCUUCCACCACACCAUCCGCUACUCUCGAGCCUACGCCAGGCACUUCAGUCGCAGCCCUCAAGUCUCUACCGCACCUACCAAGUAUCAUCAUCCACGUGCCCAGCGUCGGGGAAGCGCCUUCCUUCUCUUCUGACUCUUCCUCGUCGAGCUCAUCGGGAACUUCAACGAGCGAAGAUGAGAGUGACAGCGAGAGUCGCAGCAAUGGCACCACCGAAGACGCCGAAGGAUUCAGCUCAGCUGGAAGCGCCAUCUCUUCCGCUUCAAGUACAGCAACUGCUACUGCUAGAGGCUCAGCUGCAGGCAACUCUGCCUCCCUCUGGCCGCAGGGAGUGCUGCUGAUAUGGCCCUCGCCGAAGGAGUCAAGAGUCCAGUCUUCUUGGGAGUUCCUAAAACGAAUGGGACGCAAGGAGAAGGGCAAAGGAAAAGAGAAGGACAUGGCGCAGAAGUCAAAAAAGCAAAGUAGGACCUCAAGGUCCGAGGAGCAUCUUGCUGCAAAUACGAAGGCGACAACCAGAGAGGCGCCUCUUGACGCGCAGGAGAGAGCUUCUGCUGCUCCCUCAAGCUCUACCGCCAGCCCGAGUACCGCCACUUCAUCUCUCCCAUCCUCUUCGUCUCCCGUGAGACCGCAGGAGCAAGCGUCAGAGGAUCUUCCCGCCACUCCACCAAGCGUACUCGUCUUCAGCAGCAAGCUCCUCUUCUUCUAUCCAAGUCUGGAGUCGCUUCAACUAAGACAUGGGCUGCUCUUACCCGUCGGGGAUGGGAAUGGACCCGAAGAGGAGAAGGAGAGGGAGAAGCGUCGAAAGCGAGGACAAGAAGCAGAGCCGGAUAAACAGCAGGAGCGGAGCUGGGGAUCUUGGACGGUGGAGAACAGACAGGGACAGCAAGAGGCGGCGUUGGUGCAGAAGUCGAUGCUUCCAACGGUUGGGUUGGCUUCGUCUGGAGGAAGUGGGGAGGAACCAUCACCACCGUUCUACCCGAUCACGACUCCUGCUGCGACUAUUAGAGCCGCUGCAGCCGCGACGUCGGACUCGAUCUCGACUUUGACCUCUAACACAAAGUUCUCAUCCAGUGAUGGUCCGCAGGUAGCAGCAACUAGAGCAUUUACCGAGCAAAGCCAUGCCCAAAGCCAAGCUCGAGCUCGAGCAGAAGCGACAGGUCAAGCCUUUGACUCCCUUCAAGCACCAAAAGCGAGCACGGUGACGAGGACGAGUAGGCGUUCACAGCCAAGGUCAAGAUUGAGGUCGAGGGCAGAGUCAGGACCGAAGCCAGUGACGCCCAGUAUAGCACAGCUGCACGCACUCGUGCCGUGCACACUCGCCGAGCUGAAGGAACGACUAUCACCCUCUGGCCUCCCUUCUCAGAAGUACGAACGAUCUACUUCAGCAGCAGCUGCCCCUCGUUCAGCGGCGCGCAACCUUGACCGGGCCCCCUUCUCCCACUGUCUCCAUUGCUGGGAACCGAGCGCUUCCUCGCUCCGACGAUUACUCGAGGAGAUGCCUGAGUUGCGGAGUGCGUGGGGAGUGAGCGUGGGAGGGUGGGAAGUACAAAGGGAUGCAGACGCACACCAGGACGAAGCAGAGGCUAGGGAGCCGGGAGGGGAGAGUACGACAAAAGGAGGGGAGAGGGGAGGCAGGAAGAGAAGGAAAGAGAUGCAUCGUGCUGGGUUUGGGAUGAGGAGAAGGAAGAAGAGACGCCUGGGUGGGUGAGAGAAAGGAGGCGGGAGGAGUUGGGGACGUUGACAAUGGGCGGUGACGGAUGUUCGAUGUCGACGACUGGGAUAAGAGGAGAGCGGGGCUGCGUUGCGCUGGCUGUAGAGAAGGUGG